CCUCCCAUGCAAAGUCUUUGAAAAAGUUAACCAUAUGCAAUGUCCAGCAGCUCCAGUAUAUAGAAAACUCUGCUUCUGUAGUCGAUCUCAGCCUUGCUGGACUACCCGACCUGACUAGGAUCUCCAAUUUUCCCAAGCUGCGAAAACUUGAGAUCUAUUGCUGCCCGAAGCUCGAGUUGCUGCAGGAGAUGGUUGCACUCCAGAAGCUAACAGUUCAGUACAGCGAGAAGCAGCUCCCAUCGUACCUGCAAACUGUAAAGCCAAGCCAUUUGCUGCUGGAUUGCUGCUCGGUGAUACUCCUUUCCAUGGCUUUGGGAGAGUCUUGUUCCGAGUGGGACAAGUUCAGCCAUAUCCAGCAAGUUGAGGCUUAUGCAGAUGAUGGAGGCAUUGAAAAGAGAUGGCACCUAUUCUACACAAGGGAGCCCUACAACAUGGGGACCAACAUUGAUCUGCAGGAGUGGUCAGACGAUGUUAACUUUAUCCAAUCAGAGGGUGAAGAUGGACUGCCUCGGUUAGCUGCCCUGAUGAAAUCUGCGGAUGAAGAUGAGGAGGAUGCAGACAACACAGAAGAAAUAGAGGAGGAAAGCAUGGGCCAAGGAAGGGAGGAGUAGCAAAUCAAGGAGGCAACAUCAUGUUAAUUUCCUGCUGCUGUUAUAUGUACAAUCCCACGUGCUACCUCUCACAGCCCGGGAUCACAUGGUCCAAAAGCAUAUUUUUAUAUUUCCGCAUUUGAUUUGGUGUAAUGUAGAAAACUAAGUACAGCAUUGGAAUUGCUUGGUUUGUUUGUCAACAUAUGGCAGAAUA